AUGCUGGGCACGGAAGGACCACAAAACGCUGAGAGCGGACAAGAAAUGAAUAAUGAACUGCCUUUUAUGAAGAAGCCUUGGUUCAAGAAGGCCUUCGAAAAGGCCGUCGAGUUCCAUGAUAAAGAUGAUUUGCUAGAUGCGAGAGACAGACUGGAGCUGUCGAAGGCCUACAGAUCCAUUGCUAAAGCGGAGAUGUGGGGUGGUUGGCUCGGCUUUUCAGCCGUAUUUUUCACCCCAUUUGCGUACCGUUACUAUAAGACCAAAGCUAUCAAGGGUGUAAAAGUGCCCAGAAAUUUUGUUCUGGGAGUGAUGGCUCUUUUUUUUGCUACAAAUGCCGCUGGUAGGUCCAUGUAUACACGGAAACUGAACGAACGAGACCCCACUGGUGUCUUGACCGAUAAUUAUACCAGCAAAUAUGGCGAUGGCGUCUUGGAAACCGCUCAACCUGAUCAAGCAAAAGAAAUGUCGAGAAAUCAAAGGCAGUAUGAGAUGAUGAGACUUUUGAAUCUAGGCUCUCCUUCAAGAUGGUCAAUGUACUUUUACAUAACGUACCAGAACCCAGAGAGAAGAUUGCCAGAUCCGAAAGUAAAACUGCAGCAAAUGAAAAAGGGCGAGUUUCUCAGUGGUUCGCCCUUCAUGAACCAAAGAGAUCCUAUAGGACUGUACCGCAAUAAGGGUAAAGAGGCUCCAGACUCGACUGAUUGGGGCAGAGAUGAUAGUCACUUGCAGUCUUCCUGGGAAAAAAUUAGGGCCGGCGACAAUGGCUCACUUUCAUCAUGGGAAAAUAUAAGGAACCCCAGCAGGAAUCAGUCACAAGAGCCGGGUGCUCGAUUAGAUGAUGAAUCCGAUGUGUUCAUCUCAGGAUUGUCUGAUGAUAGUAAUGCUAUCGAAGAGCUGCCCUCGAAAGAUGUAUUCCAACGUCAACUGCGAGGCGGAAGAAAUGGUGAAAAUCGCUCGUAG